AUGGAGAAUGGGAGUAGGGAAGGGUAUAGAUUAAGGGGAAAAGGUGGAUCUGUGAAUGGGAUUCUCGGCUGGGUUUUAACCAUGGGAAGAGAGGUGGGAGGUGCUGUUGCAGUCAACUUCAUUCAGAGCCGAUUUCAAAUAACCCUUGUCCCAAAUUUUACAGAAAGUAACAAUCGACUUUCUGGUUCAAUUCCAGCAUCUUUUGGAAACUUGACAUCUCUUACUCUACUUCGUUUGUAUAGCAACGGUUUCACCGGUUUAAUUCCUGCGUCUUUGGGAAACUUGAGAACUCUUAUUGAACUUGAUUUGAGUGAGAAUAAUCUCAUCGGCUCAAUUCUUGUGUCUUUGGGAAACUUGACAUCUCUUGCAGUUCUUCAAUUGUUUAACAACAAUCUCAAUGGUUCAAUUCCUGCUUCUUUUGGAAACUUAAGAUCUCUUACUGAACUUGAUUUGAGUGAGAAUAAUCUCACCGGUUCAAUUCCUGCGUCUUUAGGAAACUUGACAUCUCGUACUAAACUUAAUUUGAUUGACAAUAGUGUCACCGGCUCAAUUCCUGCGUCUUUGGGAAACUUGACAUCUCUUAUAGUUCUUCAAUUGUUUAACAACAAUCUCACUGGUUCAAUUCCUGCGUCUUUGGGAAACUUGACAUCUCUUUCUGAUCUUAAUUUGAUUGACAAUAGUCUCACCGGCUCAAUUUCAGCAUCUUUGGGAAACUUGAGUCUCACUGGUUCAAUUCCGGCGUCUUUUGGGAAUUUGACCAAUCUAGUUUAUAUUGGUCUUCAUUACAACCAAUUGUCCGAUCAAGUACCUCAGGAAAUCAGCAAUUUUACAAAAUUGGAAAACUUGCAACUUGGAAUUAAUCAUUUUAACGGGUAUUUACCACAACAUAUAUGCAAAGGUGGUUAUUCAAUACUAGAAAUUUUUUCUUUAUCUAGUAACCAUUUCAUAGGCCCGAUACCCAAAAGCAUGACAAAUUGCACUAGCCUAAUAAGAGUCCGGCUUGAUAAUAACCAUCUCAUCGGAAACAUAUCAGAAGUCUUCGGUGUUCACCCCAAUUUAACUUACGUCAAUCUGAGCAACAAUCAAUUGUUUGGCGAAGUUUCACAGAAUUGGGGGAAGUGCCUACGAUUGACAAACCUCAAAAUCUCAGGAAAUAAGAUUUCUGGUCAAAUACCACCCGAGCUUGGAGACUCAACUCUAUUGCAAGGACUUGACCUUUCUUCCAAUCUCCUGGUAGGCCAGAUUCCAAUAAGAGAAAUGGAGAGGCUUAGCUCUUUGCUAAUACUAAAGCUGAACGAUAAUCAACUCUCUGGCACCGUACCAGCUGAGGAUGUUGGAUUGUGCUCCAAACUUCAACAACUUGACCUGUCAAUGAACAAUCUAAGUGGAUCUGUUCCAAAUCAACUAGGAAAAUAUUGCACGAAUCUUCUUUACUUGAAUUUGAGCAAGAAUAGAUUCAGCGGAAGCAUUCCAGUUGAAUUGGGAAAUUUAGUUUCCCUACAGAUACUAUUGGACCUUAGCGGUAACUUGUUCACAGGAAAGGUCCCUCCGCAGCUUGGAAGCUUGGACAAGCUAACAAAUUUAAAUCUCUCUCAUAACAAGUUGCUCGGUUCUAUUCCUUCUACUUUCGCUAAAAUGCUCAAUUUGAUAACCAUUGAUGUAUCCUACAAUGAGUUAGAGGGUCAUUUACCUGAUAAUCAUGCCUUUCGAAAUGCUCCAAUGGAAGCUUUCAUUCACAAUAAAGGUUUGUGCGACAAUGCCACAGGUUUGCGACCUUGCAAUAUUUCUAAGCUAUCCCCAAAUAAAGAGAGCCACAAAGCCAUCCUUCUUAUGAUCGUAGCAGUACUACUAUUUCUUCUAUUUGCAUUUCUUGGGACUUUUUGGUUUUUCGAUCGUUGGAGGGAGAGAUGCUUAGAAGAGGAGAACCCAAUUACAAACCAACAACAACAUAGAGAUGUGUUUACAAUAUGGAACUAUGAUGGGAGGAUAGCAUACCAAGACCUCAUUGAAGCAACUGAGCAGUUUGCCCCAAAUAUUGCAUUGGCACCGGAAGACAUGGAAGUAGCUGUCAAGAAGUUCACCUUUUCUUCUUCAGAUGAUGACGACGAGAUUUCAGAUCCAGAAACUUUCAGAAACGAAAUUCAAAUGAUGACAGAAGUGCGACAUCGAAACAUCGUAAAGUUGUAUUGUUUCUGUUCACAUGUGAGGCACUCAUUUUUGGUUUAUGAAUAUGUGGAGAGAGGAAGCUUGGCCAAGAUCCUUAGCAUAGAUGAAGAAACGGUAGGAUUGGAUUGGAGUAAAAGGAUUAACAUUGUUAAAGAACUUGCUUACACAAUGAGGGUGAUUGAAAAAUGUGAUGUUUAUAGCUUUGGAAUAGUAACAUUGGAAGUGAUAAUGGGAAAGCAUCCCGGAGAGCGUAUCUCCACUUUGCCAUCAUUAUCCUCUAUUGAGCAAAACAUAUGGUUGAAAGAUAUAGUUGAUCAGCGCAUCUCAACUCCCACAAAUCAGGUUGUUGAGAAAUUGAUUUCUCUUAUGAAGCUGGCAUUCUCUUGUUUGCAUGAAAAUCCACAAUCUCGGCCAACCAUGCAAUAA